AUGGUCAGGUCCUUCGCAGAGGCGGAAGUCGAACCGCAGGCCAUAGAUUUCAAUCGUGAAGAAAAGAUGAACCUGCCACUCUUCCGAAAGUUGGGUGAGCUGGGCCUCCUUGGCGUCACGGUUCCCGAGGAAUAUGGGGGCAGUGGCAUGGAUGCCACGGCGGCUGUCAUUGUCCACGAGGAACUGGCUGCAGUGGAUCCUGCCUUCUGCCUGGCGUACCUGGCGCACAGCAUGUUGUUCGUGAACAACCUUGCGCAGAACGGCAACGAGGCUCAGAAGCAGAAGUGGCUGCCCUCUGCUGUCGACGGCUCCAAGGUUUGCGGCAUGUGCAUGUCGGAGCCAGCUGUUGGCACUGAUGUGCUGGGCAUGAAGACGACUGCAACGCGUGAGGGCGACGAGUAUGUCAUUAACGGGGCCAAAAUGUGGAUCACAAAUGGCACCGUUGAUGGGAAAGAGACUGGGGAUGCCUACCUUGUCUAUGCACGCACAGGCAGCACCAGCAGGGAUAUCUCCCUCUUCCUGGUUGAGAAGGGUACGAAGGGAUUCUCCUUGGGACAGAAGAUCCAGGACAAGUGCGGGAUGCGGGCGUCCAUGACGGCCGAGUUGGUCUUCCAGGACUGCCGCGUUCCGGCCGCUCACUUGGUUGGCCAGGAAGGCAAAGCUGCGCUGUGCAUGAUGCGGAAUCUGGAGAUUGAGAGAGUCGCGCUUGCGUCGAUGAGCCUCGGCAUCGCUCGAAGGUGUGUUGAAGAGAUGAACAGGUAUGCCAAGGACCGCAAGGCCUUCGGUUCACAGCUGAACAGCUUCGGCCAGAUUCAGCGUUUUAUCGCUGAGUCCUAUGCGGAGUACCAGGCAGGCCGCAGUUAUGUGUACCAGACGGCCAAGCACCUGAACCUUGAGUCUGUAGGAAACGGCUUGGAUGCCGACGGGGUGAAGUUGUACUGCGGCCACAUGGGCAAGAUGGUGGCCGACCGUGCGAUUCAGGUCUUGGGCGGAUAUGGUUACGUUGGUGAGUACAACGUGGAGCGUCUUUGGCGCGAUGCCAAGCUCCUCGAGAUCGGAGGCGGCACGAAUGAGGCGCACCACAAGAACAUCGUGCGAGAUCUCUCGCGACAGGUGGACAAGCUGCCCUGA